ACAUCUACUCUCAUUUCUUCUCAUUUAUAAACCAGUUUGAUAGACAAGAUAUUAAUAAGUGCAUAUAGUAAAAUCUUUCUUAUUCGUAACAAAGUUAUUGUAAACUUAUAGAAUGGUUGUGAAACUAUAUGGACAGGUAACAGCAGCUUGUCCACAAAGAGUCUUGCUUUGUUUUCUCGAGAAAGGAAUUGAAUUUGAGAUUAUUCAUAUCGAUCUUGAUACAUUUGAGCAAAAAAAACCAGAACAUCUUCUUCGUCAGCCAUUUGGUCAAGUUCCAGCCAUAGAAGAUGGAGAUUUCAAGCUUUUUGAAUCACGAGCCAUCGCGAGAUACUACGCUACCAAGUUCGCGGACCAAGGCACGAACCUUUUGGGCAAGUCUCUAGAGCACCGAGCCAUCGUGGACCAGUGGGCUGACGUGGAGACCUAUUACUUCAACGUUCUGGCCCAACCCCUCGUGAUUAACCUAAUCAUCAAGCCUAGGUUAGGCGAGAAAUGUGACGUCGUUUUGGUCGAGGAUCUCAAAGUGAAGCUAGGAGUGGUCUUGGACAUAUACAAUAACCGGCUUUCUUCGAACCGGUUUUUGGCUGGUGAAGAAUUCACUAUGGCUGAUUUGACGCACAUGCCGGCGAUGGGGUACUUGAUGAGUAUAACCGAUAUAAACCAGAUGGUUAAGGCUCGGGGUAGUUUUAACCGGUGGUGGGAAGAGAUUUCGGAUAGACCGUCUUGGAAGAAGCUUAUGGUGCUGGCUGGUCACUGAAUUAGCUCCAAUUUAUGAUGAUCUGAAGAACCAAAUAAGCUUUAUAGUUUCUGUUUUAUGUUUGUGUUGUUUUGUACGUUUCAGUAAUAAAUUCAAUAUACUUUUAAGAUUCAUGUCAAUGCUAAGACCAUAGUUCUCUAUUCUUAAGUUUUUACUCUAUUUUUGAGUGAGAUAUAAAAUGGGGUUAAAAUAGAAGUGGAGUUUUUACAUAGUAUACAAGGUUACUCACUUGUACUAUUAUUCGAAUAUAAGAAGAACUUCUUUCUGUAUGUAUAUCACAAGAUUAUUUCAUCAACCAAAAAUUGUAUAUCCCCUCAUUAGGCCAAGAGAACUAUAACU